CGGAGCCCCUGGCAGCACCAUGCCUUCCGCCUGGACCUUGCUGCUGUGCCUCGGUGUCUGCUGGCAGCAGGCGGGACCCGUGACCGGCCACGACGACCACCCCGCCCCAAUGGCUAUCACGUGCUUUACGAGAGGGCUCGACAUCAGGAAGGCGAGAGCUGACGUCCUCUGCCCCGGGGGCUGCCCUCUCCGGGAUUUCUACGUCUUCGGGGACACGGUGUACGCGUCCCUCUCCAGCGUUUGCGGAGCUGCUAUCCACAAGGGGGUGAUCGGCAGUUCUGGAGGAGCCGUGCGCUUCUACGGCCUCCCGGGGCGAGAAAACUACUCCUCCGUCAACGCCAAUGGUAUCCAGUCCCAGAUGCUCACACGCUGGUCCUCCUCUUUCACAGUGACAGAGACUCAGCCUGGAGCCCUGGAGGCCACCGGACGGGCGCCGGCCACAGCACGGCCCGCCGCAGGGAAACGACUGAAGAAAACCCCAGAGAAAAAGAUGGGAAACAAAGACUGUAAGGCGGACAUCGCUUUCCUGAUUGACGGCAGCUACAACAUCGGCCAGCGCAGAUUUAACCUGCAGAAGAAUUUUGUGGGGAAGGUGGCCGUGAUGUUGGGCAUCGGGACGGAAGGACCGCACGUGGGACUGGUGCAAGCCAGCGAACAUCCCCAAAUUGAGUUUUCCCUGAAGAACUUCACAUCUACCAAGGAUGUUUUAUUUGCCAUAAAGGAGAUCGCUUUCCGUGGGGGCAACUCCAAUACAGGAAAGGCCCUGAAGCACACGGCCCAGAGGUUCUUCUCGGCCGACAGCGGCGUGAGGAAGGGGAUCCCCAAGGUGGUGGUGGUGUUCAUUGACGGCUGGCCCUCGGACGACAUCGAGGAAGCCGGCAUCGUGGCCAGGGAGUUUGGCGUCAACGUGUUCAUCGUGUCUGUGGCCAAACCCACCCCUGAGGAGCUGGGGAUGGUCCAGGAUGUGGGCUUUGUGGACAAGGCCGUCUGCCGGAGCAACGGCUUCUUCUCCUACCACGUUCCCACCUGGUUCGGCACCACCAAGUUCGUGAAGCCCCUGGUGCAGAGGCUGUGCACCCACGAGCAGAUGCUGUGCAGCAAGACCUGCUACAACUCCGUCAACCUCGCCUUCCUGGUGGACGGCUCCAGCAGCGUCGGCGACGGCAACUUCCGGCUCAUGCUGGACUUCGUCACCCGCGUGGCCGACACGUUCGAGAUCUCCGACGUCGGCGCCAAGGUGGCGGCCGUGCAGUUCACCUACGACCAGCGGACGGAGUUCAGCUUCACGGACUACACCACCAAGGAGAACGUCCUGGCCGUGAUCCGGCGGAUCCGCUACAUGAGCGGGGGCACCGCCACCGGCGACGCCAUCGCCUUCACCGUCCGCAACGUGUUCGGCCCCAUGAGGGAGAGCCCCAACAAGAACUUCCUGGUGGUCCUCACCGACGGGCAGUCCUACGAUGAUGUCCGGGGCCCCGCGGCCGCCGCCCACAAAGCAGGUAUCACAGUGUUCUCCAUCGGCGUGGCCUGGGCCCCUCUGGAUGACCUGAAGGAUAUGGCGUCCGAACCCAAGGAGUCCCACACUUUCUUCACCCGCGAGUUCGCCGGCCUGGAACAGAUUGUGCCCGAUGUCAUCAGAGGCAUCUGUAGAGAUUUCUUGGACUCCAGACAGUAAAGGUGACAUUUAGUUGACAGUAAGAGAAAACCUCUUUAGUGCUCUCUGCCCUUCUCUUUUAAUGCAAAUCAAAGGCAUUAUUCGGGUCCAAUUGAUAUUCUCCCUGUAAAACGUUAACCUUGUGGGUUGUAAUUCUGGCAUGCUCCAUUCGGCUCCCAAGGGUGAAUACGAUCCAAAGUUUAAACCACACGUGGUUUGUUAUUUUCUGAAGGGACACUGUCUUUAUAGCUACUGCUGGCUGUCUUUAUUGUCCUUACAGAGGGGAGAUGAAAAUCUGUUUGGUUUGUUUUAAAUAAUAAGAAGUUUCCCCCAAUGCCAGAUGAGUUUUGGUCAACGACUGCCACUUCCUGCAGUCAUUGCCAACUCGGUGAAAGGUAAUGUCGGUUAGGGGUACACAAGCCUUCAUCUAUGACCAAAAUCAAAGCUCUCUCCUUCAAUCCGUUGUAUAAUAACAGUAAUAAUGGCAUCUAUUAAGCGCUUACUAUUUGCAAAGCACUGUUCUAAGCGCCGGGGAGGUA